AGGUACAGCGCUGGCCCAUGCUUUCUGGGUGUACAUCUAGACGUGCCCCCCUGGUUGCACACCCCCACAAGUAAGGCUCAUGUAAGUCAACAAUUGUGGCCAGUCCAGAAUGUGUGCGUCCGGGAUGCACACCCUCACGACACAACCUCACGGGCAAGGCUCAUGCAAGUUGAGAGUUGCGGCCGGUGCAGAAUGUGUGCGUCCGGGAAGCACACCCCCACGAGCAAGGCUCAGCCUUUCCUACACCUUUUCUACGGCCUUCCCUACGGCCUUCCCUAUGGCCUUUCCUACGGCCUUCCCUAG